UGGAUCGAUUUAUUUGUUCCUUUAUCCAAGAAAAAGUCUUUCUAGUUUGCAUGGUCCAACCAUUGAGCCCAAAAAUGUCUACAAUAAAUUUGGUAGGUCGCUAACCUAGUUCCCUAUCCGCAAUUCUGCUAUUUACUGGAAUAAUUUUACUGGAAUAAAUAAUAUUAAAUUUAAUAUAUAGAAUAAAUCUUUGGGAUGGGUAGAAAUUGAAAGAGUAAGUAUGCUUCUUGCGUUGGAUAACAAUUUAGUGGAGAACAGGGACAUAGUUGUUGAAUACAAGCAAGGAGGCCUAAAGGAUAUAACUGAGCUUCACCCUUGUUUUAUGUCACUGCAAUACCCAUUAUUGUUCCCGCGCGGGGAAGAUGGUUACCGCCUUGGCAUUAGACACCGUAAUGUUCAAGAUUCAGAGCCAAGCCAAAGAAACACUGUAAGUAGUCGAGAAUACCAAUCAUUCAGAGUACAGCAUCAUGAUUGUGAGGGUCAUGCAUUGCUGAUGGGAGGUAGAUUAUUUCUGCAAUAUGUGGUUGAUUCAUGGUGUUAUAUUGAGCGUGGUAGAUUACAGUGGGUGCAGCUGCAUCAGUCCACAAUUCGGUCAGACCUAUACAACAACAUUGUGGAUAGUGUUAGCCGUGGUGACAUUUCAGCAUCUGAUGUGGGUAAGCGCAUAGUGCUCCCGUCAAGCUUUAUGGGAGGCUUUAGAUACAUGCAGCAGAAUUUUCAGGACUCAAUAGCUCUUUGCAAGGAAUAUGGGCACCCGGAUCUAUUCAUAACAUUCACUUGCAACCCAAAAUGGCCAGAAAUAAGGCGUGCUGUUGCUGCUCAGGAUUGCAAGGAUGCAUUUGUGCGCCCAGACUUGAUCGCCAGAGUUUUCAAAAUAAAGCUUGAUGCUCUUAUGGCCGAUCUCACAAAAAAUGAUGUCCUCGGCCAUGUACUUGCAGCGAUCUACACAAUUGAGUUCCAGAAACGCGGCCUCCCCCACGCUCAUAUUGUUCUUUGGCUGGCAGAGCCUGACAAGCUCCUGUCUCCAGAGGCCAUAGAUGCUGUUAUUAGUGUAGAAAUUCCUGAUAAGAACGCUGACCCCUCUGCUUUUGAAAUUGUAUCACAACUCAUGAUGUAUGGGCCAUGUGGGGAGGCCAAUCCCAAAUGUUCGUGUAUGAUGAAUGGAAAAUGUAUGAAGCAUUAUCCAAGAAUGUUUUGUAACAACACUACAAUGGAUCAGAAUGGAUAUGCUCUCUAUCGAAGGCGGAACACAGGGAGGACAGUGGAGGCCAGCAACGGGAUACAUUUGGACAACAGGUGCCUUCUGCACCAUUUAUUUAUAUUUCAUGCAGUUAAAACCAACCAGGCUUUUUCAUUUUUAAAGAAUCACCUUCUUAUUUUGUUCGUUUCCAAAAAUCAUGCAAAUUCUACACUGGUAUCUAGUGAGGCCUUAAUGGUAUUUCCCCAUGCAGCAUAA